AUGUCAGAGAACCAAGAACUUAAACGUCACUGUCCACUGGUUCCGCUAAAAGGGAUUCUCGCUACAGAAAAUAUCGCCAACAACUACAACAAUGUCUCGGCUUUCUGUCCUGAUCCUUCAGACUUGCUUAUUGCCACCUAUCCUAAAGCAGGGACCACAUGGGUACAGGAGAUAGUGGAUCUGCUUCUUCACAGUGGUGAUAGUGAGACCUGCAAAAGAGCACCCACACCCAUCAGAAUGCCUUUCCUGGAGAAUACCGCUCGGAUAGGUAUGCCCUCAGGCCUUGAUCUCCUGAAGGCAAUGGAACCUCCAAGAGUUAUUAAAACGCAUUUGCCUUUCCAUCUCGUUCCAAAAGGCUUUUGGGAAAACAAAUGCAAAGUGAUCUACGUGGCUCGCAAUGCGAAGGACAACCUGGUGAGCUACUUCUAUUUUGAUCAAAUGAAUCUCACCCACCCUGACCCUGGACCUUGGGAGGGCUACAUCCAAAAGUUCAUGCAUGGACAAUUGCCAUGGGGUUCCUGGUAUGAUCACGUCAAAGGUUACUGGGAGGAACGAGAAAAGAGAAACAUCCUUUACCUCUUCUAUGAAGACAUGAAAGAGAACCCACGGCGUGAGAUGGUGCGCAUCAUGAGGUACUUGGACCUGUCGCUUUCUGAUGAUGUCAUCAGCCGCAUUGUGGAGCUGACAUCCUUCAAGACCAUGAAGGAUAACCCGAUGGCCAACUACAAUUUCAUAACAAAACCCAUUUUUGACCAAUCCCGCUCCACCUUCAUGAGAAAAGGAGAAGUUGGUGAUUGGAUGAAUCAUUUUACGCCAGAGCAGGCGGCAGAGUUUGAUGAGGACUACGAGAAGAAAAUGAAGCAUGUAAACAUACCAUUCAGAACACAGCUCUAACCAGUUAGCAGCUACUGUCAAAUUAUAUUAUUA